AUGCCGCUGCUGCCGCUGGCCCUGCUGGCCGCGCUGCUGGCCGCCGGCCGCGCCGCCAACCCUUGCUGCUCGAACCCCUGCCAGAACAGAGGCGUCUGCAUGACCGCCGGGCCGGAUCGCUACGAGUGUGACUGCACCAGGACAGGCUACUACGGGCAGAACUGCACCACACCGGAAUUCUUCACGUGGCUGAGGGUAGCGCUGAAACCAUCGCCGAACACUGUCCACUACAUCCUCACCCACUUCCAAGGAGUCUGGAAUAUCAUCAACAACAUUCCCUUCUUACGGGACGCUAUCAUGAGAUACGUACUAACGUCAAGAUCACACUUGAUUGACAGCCCACCAACUUACAAUAGUGACUACAAUUACAAAAGCUGGGAAGCUUAUUCCAAUCUUUCCUACUACACGAGAAGCCUUCCACCAGUAGGACUUGACUGCCCAACACCAAUGGGUGUUAAAGGUAAGAAAGAGCUUCCAGAUUCGAAGCUGAUCGUGGAGAAGUUUUUGCUGAGGAGAAAGUUCAUUCCCGACCCGCAAGGCACGAACGUGAUGUUCACAUUCUUUGCCCAGCACUUCACCCACCAGUUCUUCAAGACGGACCACAAGCGGGGCCCUGCCUUCACCAGAGCGCUUGGCCACGGGGUUGACUUGAACCACAUUUAUGGAGAGACUCUGGAGAGACAACUUAAACUGAGGCUUCGAAAGGAUGGAAAGCUAAAAUACCAGAUGAUCGACGGCGAGAUGUACCCGCCGACGGUGCGGGACACGCAGGCGGAGAUGCUGUACCCGCCCCACGUGCCUGAGCACCUGCAGUUCUCCGUGGGGCAGGAGGUGUUCGGGCUGGUGCCGGGGCUGAUGAUGUACGCCACGAUCUGGCUGCGCGAGCACAACCGCGUCUGCGACGUGCUCAAGCGCCAGCACCCCGAGUGGGACGACGAGCAGCUCUUCCAGACCACCCGCCUCAUACUGAUAGGAGAGACAAUCAAGAUCGUUAUAGAGGACUAUGUGCAGCACCUGAGCGGGUACCACUUCAAGCUGAAGUUUGACCCCGAGCUGCUCUUCAACCAGAGGUUCCAGUACCAGAACCGCAUCGCAGCCGAGUUCAACACGCUGUACCACUGGCACCCAUUGCUGCCUGACACCUUCCACAUCCACGACCAGGAGUACACCUUCCAGCAGUUCCUCUACAACAACUCCAUCAUGCUGGAACACGGCCUCUCCCAUAUGGUCAAAUCUUUCUCUAAGCAAAGUGCUGGCAGGGUUGCUGGUGGGAAGAACGUUCCUGCUGCAGUACAGAAAGUGGCAAAGGCCUCCAUUGACCAGAGCAGGCAGAUGAGGUACCAGUCCUUGAACGAGUACAGGAAACGCUUCAUGCUGAAACCAUUCCGAUCCUUUGAAGAGCUUACAGGAGAAAAAGAGAUGGCAGCGGAGCUGGAGGAGCUGUACGGGGACAUCGAUGCCAUGGAGCUGUACCCAGGCCUGCUGGUGGAGAAGCCCCGGCCCGGGGCCAUCUUUGGCGAGACCAUGGUGGAGAUCGGGGCGCCGUUCUCCCUGAAGGGGCUGAUGGGCAACGCCAUCUGCUCCCCCGAGUACUGGAAGCCCAGCACCUUCGGGGGCAAGGUGGGCUUCGACAUCGUCAACACGGCCUCCCUGCAGAAGCUCAUCUGCAACAACGUGAAGGGCUGUCCCUUCACUGCCUUCCACAUCCUGCCUCCCGAGCCCACCGAGGCCACCAUUAACGUUAGUACCUCAAAAACUGCCAUGGAGGAUAUCAACCCUACACUCCUGCUGAAAGAGCGCUCUGCCGAGCUAUAGAAACCCAGCUAUCUCUCUAUUUAUUUAUUUAACUGUGUUAUUUAUUUUAUUUAUGACUUAGUAUUUAAAAAACCAACUUGAGCAUCUUCAUUGUGGGGGUUGCCUUAAAUUCCUUACUGAGGUAAGGCUUCCAUUUACAAAAGGGAUUUUCUGUGUUUCAGCGUGACAGUGGUGAAUCCCUUGUUUAAAAUCUUCUGUAACAGAACGAUGUAUUCCAAAGUGGAUUAAGAUUCCAUCUUCUUUUUACUAUUGUUUUAAUACUUGAUGAAGGGGAGUGGUGGUGAUUCUGUCUGUCAGUUUUCAUAGGUCACAUAACACUACAAAAGCAACUUUUUUUCUCAGCGACUUGAAAGCAGCUAUUGACUUAAAAGUAUAAAAAAAAAAGUGACUUAAUGAAAACUGCCAGAGGAUAUUAUGGAUUUCAUAAGAGCACUCAAAAAUGAACAAAAAAAAAUACUUGAGUCUCACUUCUUUAUGUAAGGUCAGAAAAUGCAUUGCAUUUGUUGUUGAUACUACCUCUCCCUCACUGCAGAUAGAGCACUUUGUAUCAUAACUUAAUGUCUCUUAUGUGCAA